UUCUCUCCAGAGCGUUUGCACAUCUUUAUAAUCAGCCGCAUUAGUCUCUUCCUUUCCUACCACCCACCGAAACACGACAGAACCCGUCGAUCUUCUCCAGAUUACAUUCGCUUCCCUUCCUGCCAUGGCGCCUAACCCACGCGAUGUUGCCAGUGCCCGCCGACGCGGCUCAGCGUUCUUGGCGCUCGUCCUCGCGGCCACCUGCCUCGUGCCGUCGUCGAGAGCUCAGGGGCCGGAUGAGGGGCCGCCGCCGCCCGCUCCUGUUCCAUUGGUCCCGGCGCAAGCCAAGAUACUGCAGGCGAUAUCCAAGGCGCUGAGCAUCAAGCCGCCCAUCCCUGGGUGGACCGACAAGGCGCCCAUGUGCGCGCCGCCGCCCGGCGGCUUUCCUGACACAGCCCUGCGCAUCUUCUGCGACCCAGCUGGGAAGAUCGUCAUGCUUGAUCUGCAGGACUAUAAGCUCUCAGGGCCCAUCCCCACGGAAAUCAGCGCCAUCACCAGUCUUCAGCAACUCUUUCUGAGCACCAACAACUUCACUGGCAGCAUCCCCCCCUCCUUCUCCCAGCUCACCAACCUCAGCGUCCUGGCAGCAGCGGGCAACAAGCUCUCUGGUGACGUGGCGCUCUCCAUCUCCGAUGGCCUCAUUAAGAAGCUGCCGCAUCUCGCCGCCCUCGAUAUCAGCAGCAACGGCUUCACUGGCAGCAUUCCUCCCAGCCUCAGCUCGCUCACUGCCCUCACACAGCUGUGGCUGGCCCACAACCAGUUGUCUGGGCCCAUUCCAGACUCCCUCGGCAAGCUCUUGCAGCUCCGGUCUCUCAUGCUGAAUGGCAACAAGCUCAACGGCUCCAUCCCUGCCACGCUGGGCGCUCUCACCAACCUCAGAGAUCUUGAGUUGAAUGACACCAGUCUGUCUGGAGUCAUCCCUCCCACCCUUGGCAACCUCAGUCAGCUCGCUCAGUGGGGUGCGGACAACACUGGGCUGCAGUGCCCCGGCAACGGCAGCAGCUGUGGCGGCGUGAAGCAGCAUGCGUCCACCACCUUCUGCCUUGACAUCUGCCCCUCCUUCUGCACCACCUGCACACCCGCCGACUUGGCCGCGGCUCCUCUCGUCCUGCAGCAGCCGGCCCCCACUGGGGCGACACCAGCCAACAAGACCAGCACCCGAGUGUCGCCUGCCCUGGCGUCUGCCGCAUGGGCCGUGCUGGCGGCCGUGCUGCCUGUGGCACUUGUCUAGGGUACUCGUCGUAACCCAUGAGUCAUGAGGCACUCGUGAUAUUCAGUGCGCUGACAGGGUUGCUGGCAGACGUGUGAAGCUGCCGAAGGGGGGAUGGUGGUGUGUACGGAUCUGAUGAUGCAGCUGCCGGUGGUUGCUUGUGUGGCUGUGUAGUCACGUGGUUUGUGAUGUGAGUCACUUUCUUGCUUUGCCUAAGCUGUGGAUGCAGAUGCGAAGCGACCUCAAAUAGGUGUUGGGUUUAGAGCCACAUGUGUGCAUGCUAAGGUUGUUAUUUUCAAGUGUGCUUGUAGGCUGUGUUAGCUGUUUGACAUGUGUUCGUGUAUUGGAAUUACAUUUGUGGGGAACCCAGGCCUGUCGUUAUCAGGGUAUUUUACCCUGAUUCCCUGAUUUCACAGGGUAUUUUUUUGGCCAACCCUUAAUUUUCAGG